UCCUUUUUGUCUCCUCCACUUGUAAUACUACUAAACCAUAUACUUUUCUCUUCUCUCUACACCAAUAACCAAAUCUAACUCCAAUUCCCUGUAUUCUUUACACUAUACUACUACUCAAAAAUCCAUCUAGUAUAUAGUUUAUUUUUCUUGCUUAAUUUCCUAAAAUGUCUUGCACCAACUCUUCUCUUAGCUACUAUACAACUAUUAUUUCUUCAAAAAGCUAACCAUCACUUUGACAUGAAUGGGAAAUGACAGAUAUCUCAUCAAGACAAGAAGCAAUAGCAGAAAUACAAGUAGCAGAAGGAGAAGAGAAAUUAGGAUCAGAAUUACAAGAAACAGAAAGAGAAGAAGAAGAAGAAAAAGCAAGAUGUGAAUGGGAUUUUCAUCUUUCUACUUUCAUUUCUAAUUCUUGCAACAAUAGCAUUAAUGGAUCUGCUUGUGACACACUUGGUGUUUUAGAAUUUGACCCUUCUGGUAAUUUCUUAGCUUCUGGUGGAAUAGCUAGGAAAAUUAGAAUUUACAACGUAAAUUCUUUGUUACAAGAAGAGAGAGAAGGUGGAAGGCUUGUUUCUUUGGAUCAUGGCAAUGCAUGUAACUUUUACAUGUGUACUCCGGCAAAGCUAAGUAGUUUAAAGUGGAAACCCGGAUGGGGGAGUCGGGUUUUAGGGUCGGGUGAUUAUGAUGGAGUUGUCAUGGAAUAUGACUUAGAGAAGAAAAUGCCCGUUUUCGAACGAGAUGAGCAUGGUGGUAGACGGGUUUGGAGCAUUGACUAUUGCCAUUCGGAUCCGGUUUUGGGUGCAUCCGGGUCGGACGACGGAACCAUGCAAAUGUGGGACCCCCGUUGCGUGGACGACGGUAAGUGCUUGGCUAAGGUACAACCUAGCAAGCAAUGUAAUCCGGUAUGUUGCGUGGAAUUUAAUCCGUUUAAAGGACCAAUCGUGGCCGUUGGAUGCGCUGACCGGAGGGUCUACGCUUACGAUAUUAGGAAAAUGACGGACCCACUUUUCGUCCUGGACGGACAUCAAAAAGCGGUUACUUACAUUCGGUUUCUUGAUGAACGUACCAUUGUGUCUUCGAGCGUAGACGGGUGUUUAAAAAUGUGGGAUGGGGAGAAUCAACAUGUUAUUCGUACCUAUAAGGGGCACGAUAAUAGUAGGAGGUUCGUCGGGUUAUCGGUAUGGAGACCCGGUGGAUUAAUUUGUUGUGGCUCAGAGAGUAACCAAGUCUAUGUGUAUGAUAAAAGAUGGGGUGAGCCAAUAUGGGUCUAUGGGCGUGAACCCACGGGUCUAACCGGGUUCGACCAUGGGUUCGUUAGUAGUGUAUGCUGGCAGCAAAAGGAAGAAAAUCAAUGCACACUCGUGGCCGGGGACUCAGAUGGAGUUUUGCGAGUUUUUAGUGGUAAAAGAAGAUAGACAUAUUUAGUGACGGAUGCAGAAUUAAAAUUUGACAGAGGCUAAAACAUUUACCAGAGAGAGGGUUUUGCCAUAAGCAUUUGGCAAAAUGUGUACUACUAUUAUUUUUCACGAGAAGUCAUAGAAACAAUGGCCAACUCAAAAAGGUAACUGUUUUUUUUUUUUUCCUUUUUGUUGGCCAUUUACUUUGUCUGAAAUAUAUAGAGGAUUCUAUAGAGAAAGCUAAAGAAAAAAGGGAAAGAAUUGCAAUGCCAUUUUAUUCUCCUUGUUCUCUCUCUUCAAGGUGACUGUAAUAAAAGCGAAUAUUACUGACAGAAAUUUUUAUAUGUGUAUGCUUUUGCUGAAAUAUCAGCACUGCUGAAAGUUAUAACGAAGAGGUUCUCUUAUUUUUCAUCAA